GCGCCCGCCUUUCCGUCUCUAUGGUCCUCCUCCGGCCGCCGCUAUGAAGAUCAAGCGGCAGAAGCACGCCAAGAAGAACGUGGGCUUCUACAAGCACAACUUCGGCUUCCGCGAGCCCUUCCAGGUGCUGCUGGACGGCACCUUCUGCCAGGCCGCGCUGCGCAACAAGAUCCAGAUCCGAGAGCAGCUGCCGGGAUACCUGGCCGGGGCCACGCAGCUCUGCACCACGCGGUGAGCGCGGGUCGAAUGGGACGGAGAGGCGCGUGACGUCAAGGGGGGAGCCGUAGCUCAGCGCGUAGGGCGCCUGCCUGGCAAGCAGAAAGGGGGUCCCGGGUUCGAUCCCCAGGGGGGGCAUCGCCCCCCACCCCGAAAUCCCGGAGGGCUACCGUGUUAGACCAGCCCGAGGUUCCUCCUGGACCACAACUCCCAUCGUCCCUGACCACUGGUCCUGCCAGGUGUAGGGAUGGUGGGAGUUGUAGUCCUAGAAUCAUGGAGUUGGGUACCCAAGUAUCAUCUAGACCCGUGGUUCCCCAACGUGGGGCAAUUUGAUUUGGGGGGGGGGGGGCAAUUCGAGAAUGAGUUGGGCCAGGGGUCUUUUUCAGCAGGGGGCCGGUUCACUGUCCCUCAGACCUUGUGGGGAGCCGGACUAUAUUUUGGAGGGGGGGGAUGAACGAAUUCCUAUGCCCCACAAAUAACCCAGAGAUGCAUUUUAAAUAAAAGGACACAUUCUACUCAUGUAAAAACACGCUGAUUCCCAGACUGUCUGUGGGCUGGAUUUAGAAGGCAAUUGGGCCGGAUCCAGCCCCCGGGCCUUAGUUUGCCUACCCAUGAGUUAGACCAAGUUAAUGGCCUUCUAGGCUUCCUCCACGUGAAUAGGAGUCCACUUUUGGAAUAAUACAAAUUAUAUGUCACGGGUGGGGUGGGGAGGGCAUCAGGACUUUAGAGAUGCUUAUGUGGGGCAUGGCCAAAAAAAAUGGUUGGGAACCACUGAUCGAAAUCAACCCCCUGCAAUGCAGGAUGUCCAUGAAAACCUGUGGCUGUACAUUUCGGUUUGCCUGUUCAGGGAUGGGGCUGAACCAUGGCCACUGCUCUCUGAAGUGUACAUCUGCCAGGAAAGCUUUAGCUCAGCAACUUUGAAGAAGGCUCCCCCCCCCCCCCAAAAAAAAGCUCACAACUUUGGUCAAUCCAAAUGGUAGAUCACUUCCAGUUUUGUUAUAUAGUGGGAGUAGAUCAGUCUCUUGGGAGUUGGACAUAUCUGCCAUAAAGCAAGACUCCCAUUGUGAAUCAGGUGGGGAAGAGAAUCAGAGGAUGGCUGCCGGCCAAGUGCAUAAGCGAAUGCGCAGGGUGCAUGACCCCAAAUAAAUAAAGACCAACCAUACCUGGGGUCCCAAGCUUGAGAAAGGCGGGUGCAGCAGUGCUGAGCCAGAUGGGCUGUGUACAAAGCAGCUUCCCAUGUAUCCUACUUCGGGUGCGUGUCAGUUACUCAGUGGGCAGUGCGGUGGGAGACAAUUGGCUGCUUGGUCCUCAUAAAGGCGGAGGAGCUACCAGCGUGAGCAGGAUGGGUCAAAGAGGCAUUUAGGGCAACACUGGGAUGUGUGUGAAAGGACUGCCAUUUGGAGAUGCAAACUCAUAUGCAUAGGUGCAAAUGUAGAAGUAAUUUGAAUUCGAAUGCAUCUUGCCAUAGAAAACCAGACUAGGUGACUUUGUAGGUAGACGCAAAAUUCAUAAACAGCUGGUAUCUUUUAAAUAGAAAAUACAGUAAGGUAAAGGUAAAGGGACCCCUGACCAUUAGGUCCAGUCGUGGCCAACUCUGGGGUUGCAGCGCUCAUCUCACUUUAUUGGCCGAGGGAGCUGGCGUACAGCUUCCGGGUCAUGUGGCCAGCAUGACUAAGCCGCUUCUGGCGAGCCAGAGCAGCCCACGGAAACACCGCUUACCUUCCCGCCAGAGUGGUACCUAUUUAUCUACUUGCACCUUGACGUGCUUUCAAACUGUUAGAUUGGCAGGAGCAGGGACUGAGCAACUGGAGCUCAAACUGCCAACCUUCUGAUCGGCAAGUCCUAGGCUCUGUGGUUUAACCCACAGCGCCACCCGCGUCACAGAAAAUACAGUAAAUAUCACUAAAGUGGGACUAUGGCGAGGUGGUCUGUGGCUGCCAAGUCUGCCGUACAGGUGCUGCUACAGGCAGACAGAAAACCUUAGGGCUCUUCCUUCACCUCAGUGUUCUUUAGUUUUAAACCACACUUGUGCCUGAAAGCCCCUUCAACUAGAGGACUGUCCUCUGUAAAGCUAGGUCACCCUAUAGAGGGAACCUAUGUAUAUCCUUUGUGCUCAGUUGGCGAGGCCAGGCAACCAGCAGGCAGAGUCGCCGCAUUAAGAGCUGUUUAAAUCCCCAACUGAGCUGCAAACCUUGGUUGACUUCAAAUCCCUCUCAUUCCUUCAGCUUACUUGACCUCACAGGAUGGUGAGAGGGUAAAAUGGGGCCCGGAGUAGACCAUGUAUAUUAAUAUCUCUGGCUCCUUUGAUGAAGGCCUGCAGUUCCUGGCUUUGCAAACUCCAUAUUCAUGCUUGCCUCUAAGGCAGCGCUUAGCAAGCAUCCUGCCAGCGUGAAAAUUUCUGCUUGGCAGUGGGAAUUGCCCCCAGCUCCCCCCACACGCCAUCAAGUCUGUUCUGGGGUUCCCCCAAUCUUUGCGCAUGGGGUAGACUUGCAUACAAGACGUAAUGGGAAACUUUUGUUCAGAAUUUGAAAUGCCUGUGUUGAACAAGAAUCUCUGCUGUUAUCUUUUCUUCUUCUAGAUGUGUCCUGAAAGAGUUGGAAUCCUUAGGGAAGGAGCUAUAUGGGGCAAAACUAAUUGCACAGAGAUUUCAAGUUCGCAAUUGUUCUCACUUCAAAAAUCCAGUGAGCGGCUCAGCCUGCCUCUUGUCCAUGAUUGAGGAUGGGAAUCCACACCAUUACUUCAUAGCUACGCAGGUAAUGUUCUUUCACUUAAGCUCAUGCGAACAAAAUGCCUCAUUUCCUUCAUAUUUUGGAAUCUGGCCAGUUGUUAAUGAGUUUUAAGAAUUACAUCCACGCUUUCUCCUUCGGCGCUGUGGUGGGAAAACUUCAGCUUAUGCAAAUUUGAACGGCACCUACACGUUUCCAGCGGUACAAGAGAGUGUUCAAAACACUGCCUACAGCCUUGUUUUAAAACAAGUUUACUUGGAAAUGAGCCUUGUUGCGCUUGAGAGGGCUUGCAUAUGCCUUGGGUGGCAAGCUCUCCUGCAGCAAGCAGCCCAGCAUAGGAUUAGAGUUGCAGAGGGAGGGCAUUUGUAGAUAACAGUUUUAUUUCACAAAGAAAGGAAUGAAGAUACUUGGCAGCUUGUUCGCACACUGUAAUUAAUGUCUUAGUUGCUAGAUCAGGAGGCAAGGCACGUCUAAGCAUCAAAUAAAGUUCUGGGCUUAAAGUGCAUCUGAGAAAGGCAAGUCUGCAUAGAACAGGAAUGAAGAAGUAACCAUGCCCAGCUCUGUUUACAGAAUAAGUAGCAGGGAUGCGGGUGGUGCUGUGGUCUAAACACUGAGCCUCUUGGGCUUGCUGAUUAGGUCAGCGGUUUGAAUCCCCGCGGUGGAGUGAGCUCCUGUUGCUCUGUCCCAGCUCCUGCCAUCCUAGCAGUUCGAAAGCACGCCAGUGCAAUUAGAUAAAUAGGUACCGCUGUGGCGAGAAGGUAAACGGCGUUUCCAUGCGCUCUGGUUUCCGGCACAGUGUUCCGUUGCGCCAGAAGCGGUUAAAUCAUGCUGGCCGCAUGACCCGAGAAGCAGUCUGUGGACAAACGCCGGCUCCCUCGGCCUGAAAGAAGAGCGCCGCAACCCCAUAGUCGCCUUUGACUGGACUUAACCGUCCAGGGGUCGUUUACCUUUACCUUUUACAGAAUAAGUGCCUGUCUCACAAGAUGUCUUGCCACUUCUGUCUUGCCCCAGAAGGAUCCUCAGAAAAGUGAACUGCAAAAAUGCUUAAGUGUUCUUUAGUAGCAUUUAUUUAUGAUGUUUGGGUUCUCUUUUAUAGCUCCAAAAAGCUUUCAUAGCACUUCAGAAUAAAAGUCACAUGAAAAGCUCUUUGCCUACGUUAUCUCAGAAAGCACUUACUUCAUCCCAUGGUAUGGAACCCAAUUUACCACACAAGGUCAUUUCCCCCAAACCAUUAGAUGUGGGACAGUUAAAGCCAUAGGUACAGAGGAACAAUUGGGAGCAUGUGCUCUUUAUAAUUCCUUGGCAAAGAGGACUCGCUCUAAGAGCCAAUCCACUGAUGGGUAAUGACAGGAAGCCCAACAGUUUGAACUCCAUUUGCAGGUGGUUUGUAUUCAAACAACUUACCAAUUGACUUCAUAGGUCCUAACUUUAUUUCUCAACCAGCUGUUUGGUACAGAAAGCCUUUCCUGUGGUCCACAGCACAAAAGGGAUAUAAUCUUGCUCAAGAAAUUGUAGUCUGUUUGCUGGAUGAAACGAAGAAAAUAGGGAUUUGCAUUGUUAUUAUGUAUACAAAUUUAUAUACCACUUGACUAUUUUAUUUUAUUUUUAAAUGCAUUAAAGAAUCCUUAAGAAUACUUGGCAUUUAUGCCUCUAGCCUUCAAUAACUUUUCCAUAUAGUAAUUGACCACAUUGUAGAUUUUGCAUUUUUAUAGAAUGUUAAACUAGUUUACCACUAUAGCCUUCAGCAGCUUGAGCAAAAGUUGGUAAAGCAAGCAACAGGGACAAGAAAAUUGGGUGUUUCCUGCCACUUUGACAGUGUUCUUUUCCAGGGUGGAGUAAUCUGCUAGAUUUUCACUGCCUUGAGUUUUACUUUGUAAAGAGUGCAUAUAGACUUACUGUUUGUGUCCCCCACCCCCAUUCGAUAGGACCAGGAUCUGGCAACGAAAGUAAAGAAAAAGGCUGGAGUUCCCCUUCUCUUCAUAAUUCAGAACACAAUGGUUCUUGACAAACCUUCCAUGAAAUCUUUGGCUUCGGCACAAGCAGCACAGACUAACCGGCUUAUUCCAGAGCACCAGAAACUAAGCAUCAAACUUCUCAAAGAGGAGCAGGGUUUGGCAAAGACCUCGGAACCAAGAAAAAAGAAACGAAAAAGGGCCAGUGGCCCUAAUCCUCUCAGCUGCCUGAAGAAAAAGAAAAAGGGACAAGAGACCUUGCAGCCUUCAGCAGCUAAGAAAAAGGGGAAUAGGAAACGCAAGAAAAGGAAACUGGAAGCAGGAGGAGAGACUGUGCCAUCAGGGUCACAGAAUGUGGAAGCAUGAAAUCAUCCCAGAAAACGGGUGGGCUCGUCUGUUCCAUGAACUUUGGGUAAAGCCAAGGUCUAUGACUAAAGCAGUGUGAUAAUCCUUGCAUUUAAUCAUUAUUUUAUUAAAGGUCUUGGAGUAUUUGGGUGCUGGGUCAAAGUGAAACACACACACACACUUUUGAUAUCAUUUUAAAUUGUUAAAUUGGGUCUUAAAAGUGCACAAGAACAGCCCUUAUAGCUAGCUUAUCCUUACUGAUAUCUUUAACUAAGGAGGAUGGCAAACUGAUAAUCAUGCCCAAAGCACGACCUGUUUGUGUCAUGCAGUGGAGCACAUGAAAGAUACCAGUUACCUCUUGGUAGAGCAAUCAAAGGGGCAAGACUCAUCACCUGCUUUGAAAGGAAGCAUUUCACAAAUCAAUCCUGCCUUCCAACCAGGCUUUCUUUCCUGAAGUCUUGCUCACACUAUCCCAGAUACAUGGAAGCUAACUGCAGUUAGUUGCUGGUGAAUUCAAAAAUGUUCUAGUACAAAACCAGAUUCAAGAGUGUGUUUUCAAAAGUGGUUAGGAGAGUAAAACCCACAUUUAACUCUUUUUAUAUUUUCAUUAUGUUGAGUAAUAGCUACAUCUGUAAUGUCUUCGUUCAAAGUAGAAGCCCUUUGAAGCAUUCAAUUUAUUUCUGCCACUGAAGAUUAAUUUUCAGUGCAUUAUCAAAUGUAACCCCAAGGAGUUAAAACGUAAUCCCAUUCCAUAUCCAGUUUGUUUAAUUGCAAGAUCUGAAAUGGAUAAAACCUUUCGCUGGAAAUCCUUUAUCUUUCCCUAUUAGCUGGCUCCAAUUCAGUCAGGUUCCUGCCCACUGGGGACUGAGCAAUUUCCCCGAAAUACCUAUUUGUAGUGCGGAAUGACAAUUCCUGGAGCCAUAUGAUAAUCUUUGGAAAAUUCUAUACAUAUCACUUGGCCUCUCAGUCAAAAAAGAAAAGGAGGGGUGUGUGAUUAAUGGGCUGUCCAUGGUCUGGACAUGAUCCAUGGUAUUAAUUACUGCAGAAGGUUGAAAAAGGCAAAUACUGAAAUGAUUACAAGGGUACAGCAAAUGCUGAGAGAAUGAGAAGUUUGGAGCAGGUAGAUUUUGGGUUGGAGUGGGGAGCUGAUUAUGGAUCAGAACCACUUCAGUUAAAACUAGUAGCCAUCCUAAAUCAUGGUCGGCAACUAGAGCUGAGGUUGAAUCCUGACAAGACAGAAGUACUGUUUUGGGGGGACAGGGGGCGGGCAGGUGUGGGGGACUCCUUGGUCCUGAAUGGGGUAACUACCCCUGAAGGAGCAGGUGCGCAGCCUGGGAGUCAUUUUGGACUCAUAGCUGUCCAUGGAGGUUCAGGUCAAUUCUGUGUCCAGGGCGGCUGUCUACCAGCUCCAUCUGGUACGCAGGCUGAGACCCUACCUGCCCGCAGACUGUCUCACUAGAGUGGUGCAUGCUCUAGAAUCACAGAAUCAUAGAGUUGGAAGAGACCACAAGGGCCAUCGAGUCCAACUAGUUAUCUCCCGCUUGGACUACUGAAAUGCGCUCUACGUGGGGCUACCUUGGAAGGUGACCCGGAAACUGCAAUUAAUCCAGAAUGCAGCAGUUAGACUGGUGACUGGGAGUGGCCGCCGGGACCAUGAUGCUGACCUUUAAAGCCCUAAACGGCCUCGGUCCUAUAUACCUGAAGGAGCAUCUCCACCCCCAUCGUUCAGCCUGGACACUGAGGUCCAGCUCCAAGGGCCUUCUGGCGGUUCCCUCAUUGCGAGAAGAGAGGUUACAGGGAACUAGACAGAGGGCCUUCUCGGUAGUGGCGCCCACCCUGUGGAACGCCCUCCCUUCAGAUGUGAAGGAAAUAAGCAGCUAUCUUAUCUUUAAAAGACAUCUGAAGGCAGUCCUGUUUAGGGAAGUUUUUAAUAUUUAAUGCUGUAUUGUUUUUAACACUCGAUUGUGAGCCGCCCAGAGUGGCUGGGGAAACUCAGCCAGAUGGGCGGGGUAUAAAUAAUAAAUUAUUAUUAUAUAUUAUACAUAUUUAAAAGAAAGCCCCAUUGAGUUAAAAUGGACUUGUGCCCUGGUAAAAAGAUUGUAGAAUUGCAGUUUUAGCUGCUUAAAAACUGCCUAUGCUGCCUGUAGUUAAGUGAUGAGACUUGGUAGUGCUAUCCAGGAGGAAGGCUCUUCCAAAUUCUAAGCACAAAGGGUCCUAUCUUCCAUAACCACCUUCCAUACUUUUGUUGGCAAGCGUAGCCCAAGCAGUCUCCAAAAUGGAUCGCAAUACUUGCCCCAGUUGGUAUGGGUGGAAGCAAUCCUUGCUUGUAACAUUACACCUGUGGGAGAGGUCAACGUUUCCCCUUUUUAAAGGGAAAUUCCCUUAUUCCGAAUAGGAUUCCUCGCAAGAAAAGGGAAAAGUUGACAGCUAUGGUGGGAGGGAGAAAACAUUCUUGGCCCUGCUGAUAUAAGUUCACACUUGAAACUAAGUAUACAAAUUUAAUAAAUAAUGAUGAUAAAGUAUACAAAUUUAAUAAAUAAUGAUAAUAUGUCACUUAUUUCUCUAAUCUUUGUAGCUGUGCGAUUGAUGCCUGGCAGCUGACUAUGUAAAUGGGCUCUGCUGUAAAGAAUUAUGCCUUAAGGCGAUGUGACACAAAAUGAACUGGAUGCAAGAACUGAGGUAGCGCUGUGCUUGCCGCAUAGAAUCACCCCUUUGUGAAAUGGAUCAUCUCACUGUAUGGUUCCAAAGAGCGUGUGGGCUAGCUCAGAGCUCUGUGGCUCUGAGCACCUUGUAAUCGCGCUACGGUUUGAAGCAAGCCCUCAUCGCCACCUGGACCUUAACUCUUGCAAAACACUGCCCAGAGCAACUGUAUGAGCCCAAGUUGCUGCACCCGCGCAAUGUCGGCGAGGUGAAACGCCACAUCCGUUAUUUGCCGCACUGUGCCCUUGCACCUGUUCUUUAUCCACAUCCUGCUUUUGCACAGUUAGGUCACAGAAGCCAGCUGUGAUCUUGGAGACGCUAUUGUCACAAGGCUUAAUGUAAAGGGGUUCUGCUUUUUGAACAGCCACACAAUACGAAGGACUAAAGUUGAUGCCCUCCAUUUCUUACACUGUGUAGAAACAUCAAUGUUUCCCAUUGUUUCAACCGCAAGCCCUUGGCAGUUGUAGCUGCAGUCGGCUCGUAUAUUCUUAAAUCAAGUGGUCAGAUCAAUAUGCCAUUCCUUUGGAGCAAACUACAUUGGUACCUCGGGUUACAUACGCUUCAGGUUACAGACUCCGCUAACCCAGAAAUAGUGCUUCAGGUUAAGAACUUUGCUUCAGGAUGAGAACAGAAAUCGUGCUCCGCUGGCACGGCGGCAGCAGGAGGCCCCAUCAGCUAAAGUGGUGCUUCAGGUUAAGAACAGACCUCCGGAAUGAAUUAAGUACUUAACCCGAGGUACUACUGUAACAGCUUGGAAAGAUGUUCUUUUCUCGUUUCUUUUUCUGCAUCUUAACAAGCACUAAGCAACCUGGGCCAAGAAAGAGCUCUUUGGAAAACUGAUAAGGAUUCAUUUAAUUCUAAGGUUGCAAUCCUAUACCUAGGUAAAGGUAAAGGUACCCCUGACCAUUAGGUCCAGUCGCGGACGACUCGGGGGUUGCGUGCUCAUCUCGCUCUAUAGGCCGAGGGUGCCAGCGUUUGUCCAUAGACAGCUUCCGGGUCAUGUGGCCAGCCUGACUAAGCCGCUUCUGGCCAGAGCAGCGCACGGAAACACCGUUUACCUUCCCGCCAGAGUGGUACCUAUUUAUCUAGUUGCACUGGCAUGCUUUCAAACUGCUAGGUGGGCAGGAGCUGGGACCGAACAACGGGAGCUCACUCUGUCGCGGGGAUUUGAACCGCUGACCUUCUGAUCGGCAAGCCCUAGGAGUAAUCCCCUUUGAAUGCAGUUAGACUUGGGAGCAGACAAAUUUAUUUGGAUUUUCCUUGUAUGUAGCUACUGACAGGGGUACCAACUUGAAUAAAAUAUUGGGUGGCCUAGGUAAGCACCGCCCUGAAUAACUGAUCACAUGACACGGUGCACACACCCCAUUUGAAUGGCAAUGGCCAUCAAUGGCCGGGGUGGGGGGCUUGAAGAUGCCACAAACCCUAGGAGUUGACUGCUAUGGACAGCACCUCUGCUCACACAAGAUGGGACACCUGAUUCUUAUUUAUUUCCCCUACCCAUUCAUUAUAGUCCUUUUGCCCUCUGAAAAUCUUCCAGUGAGGGCUGGGGAGGCCCAAUAGAGCAGUAUGGAAUCCAGUAUGGAAUCCACUUUGAUGCUGGCUAACACAGCUGUUUAUCUUCAGCCCCUGAGGUACGCUUCAUUGUCUCUUGAGACAGACGGAUCACAACACACAAUGCUGCCAAAAUGGAAAGCUUUUUGGCAAGGGGGAAGCUACACACAGCGGAUGCACGUAUCUUCACACAGAGUACAAAUGGUUACUGAGAGUUUCCUAAACAGCAAAUGGACAAAACCCAAAUAGAAUUGCCGCAUCCUGCCCCAAUGAGCACCAUUUGCGUCAGGUAUUUAUUCAAAGUGAAAUAAGGCAGCUUUAAGCUUCAGCAGGUCUUGAGCCCUUUAAAAAGCAAAUGCUGCACGUUUCCAAAUGUCCUCUGUCAUUUCCAGUACUUCUGCAAGGCUACCCAGACGCUCUAUGCAGUUGCAUAGAACAGUGGGCCACAGCUGACAGCAGCAUCCCUAAACCAUCACACUGCAGCUUGGCUCAGAAAGAGAAAGCUGCCUCUGCAAACAGAGGAUUGCUCCUGACAGAUGCUGUAAUUUAGUGCUCACAGGUCCCAAGUUUUCCUCAACUCAUUUCAAGCUCCGUAAGCCAUCAAGACAACAUAAUCUGCCUUCUUAAAUAGCUUUUAGAGAAGCAUCUAAGAUUUGUUUUCUGUUUUUAAAAGGGGGGGGCAGGUUCUACAGAGGAUGCAGAGCACUUAUUUCUUAACAAAAUCCCUUCUGCCGUUAGGUUGACAUUUAGAAAAACGAGAUACAGCAGCCUAGAAACAGACUUGUGCAAACAGUUGCUUCAACUUUUGGAAUCUCAGCAGCAAGGCUGAGUGGGAUCUAUAGCAAAAUGUCGCAGUAAGGUGUGCUCUCUGAUCCAGAUUGGGGUGGUGGUGGUACAGAAUAGUUCAAAUAAUGAGCAAUCGGCAUUUUAUGGUCAUUUUCCUGGGGGUUGCCCCUCACUCCCAAGGCUCUUUUCUGAAAACUGCCCCUCUCAUGUGGGGACAGUGACAUAAGCAUCAGAGCAUGAACAUCGGAAAUAGUUUGAUAUUCAAGAUGCUUUGCUCAUAAGGAGCCCAGGAUGCAUAUUUUUAAGGCUCAUAAAUAUAUCUCUUAACAUCCAGAAAAGGUACAAAAGGUGGGGAUGCAAAAAUGAUCAGGCUGCAGCAUUUUCCCCUGUAAGAUGAUGAUGAUGAUUAAAAUUUGUAUCAUCUGAGCAUUGCAGUUUAGAAAAACCUGCAGUUAAGAGGAGUGGCAGUACGUAUAUAAUAGAGGUUUGUAAAAUUAUCCACGGCAUGAGGAAAGUGGGUAAUUUUUUCUUCCUGUGAUGCAUGUAUGAUGCUUCUGGGGGUGGUCUUGGACUCCCACCUUUGUUCUGGGUCCUCCUCCUCUUUCCUGCGGGUGGGGGAGCACCCUGUUGCAACUGUCAAUAAAGAUCAGGCUUACUAGCUGCUUUGCUUCUCAA